UUUACUGGGAUCACCCCAUAAAUAAUAGGGAGGGAGGAGGAGGGGGAGGUGCACGGAUCCGCCGCGGUUUGGGGGAGACCCCAGUUAGCAGGAGAUGCACCAUGGAAGCGCUUGCCAAAGGCGCCUCCCUCCCCCCUGCCCACUUCCAACCUGAUUUUAAGCAACUUGCAGUCCGGUGAUCUCUCCGAUCACUCUUUCUCCAAAAACUAGUGCCCCCGAAAAGGGUAAAAAAGGCAGAAUCCGAGGGAAAACCCAGCCGAGGCAAUGCUUUUGGACGAGGUGAUUGCAAGCGAGCAAAGCAGCAUCAGCACCAGCUCUGUGGUUCUGAAACUGCCUUGUGCAUGCACACAGCACUGAGAGCAUCUCAGGCAGGAGUUGGGGAAGCUGCAUUUUCCCUCUCUUUGCAGUAAUUACUAGCCUGGAUUCCGUGGGCAAGAAAUAAAUAGCAAAGAGAAAUCCUCCCUGCCUGCCGCCCCCCAAAAGAAGGAGUGAUUAAGAGCGGAUCUGUCCGUGCAGAUCAGCUUCGUGAAAGAGACAAAAUCUGAGCAGCAAGUUGGUAGCAGAGUGGCCGCUUGACGCAACACAGGGGCCUAUGGUUCGCCCGGCUGUAAAAUAAAAAUGAGGGGGGGGGCGAUCUAAUGUCUCAGCUGUCAGAAACUACAAGGGAUGUCCCCUCUGCUCCCCCCGCCGGACAGCAGCACGGAGGGAGAUUCGUCUGAGAAAGGGCUGAUCUUUGCAUUUCAGGGAAGCCUGCAUAGGAGAGAUCGGACGAGGACCACAGUCGAGGUUAAGAGUUAAUAUUUCUCGAGAGAUAAAGGAGAUUUUGAAGACCUGCUUGCACUUUAGAAAAGAGUAAAAGGCCAGCUAAGGGAUAAGUGAGGAAAGAAGGCAAAGAAAAAGCACCUCAUAGCUACCCUCCCUCCUUUCCUUCUUGCUCAGGACACGUAGCUUGAGCACUUGCUGGCUUGAUGAAAACAAAGGUGGAAGGGUCACAAUAUCUUCCAAGUAGACUCGCAUUUUCAUAAUAAUUUAUCCUCUUCUAUUUAGAGAAAAAAAAGACAUUUGUACUUUCUGGUCGCCAGCAAACGUCUUUACGGGGUUUUUAUUCAUGUGAGCAUAAUCUAAAGGGAGAGACAAGGUAGCAGAGGGAACUUGGAAAAAAAGAAGAGGGAAGUGAUAAGAGGGAUCAGCCAAGCUAAGGCUAAAAAAGCAUCCUGUAUGUUCCCUGCCUACAGUCGUCCCUCAAGAGGAUGGAAACCAGCAGUGAUUUGGGGGGGCAGCUCAGGCGCGAGUGGAAAUCCGAGCCACGGUGGUGCAGCUCCACGUCUCUUUACCUUGCCAGCCAACUGUUGCUGCCAUGCUCAGGGCUGCGGCUGCUGCGGGCGGAGCGGGAGCCGCUCCCUUCUGCUCGGGGGCUGCCCCUGGCCGGGCUCCGCGCCCGCCGCAGCUCCACACGGCGCCUGCCCCCAGCCGCCCUGCCCCGCUCCGCUCCCUGCCCUGCCCCUCUCCCUGUCCUCGCUCCUCGCAGGUCCCUCUCUGCUGCGGGACACUCUCACACGUCGGGCGGUCCGGGCCGCUGCCGCCCCUGCCCCGGCCGCCCAAGCCCCCACCCCCCGGCAGCCCCUCCGGAGCGUCCCGGGGAAGCCCCGGCCCUUUCCUUCUCCCGUCGGGCCCUCUCCUGGCCCUGCCAAGACGCGUCCCGGGCUGGACUCGCCUCCCCCGACGUGCUGUGCUGGGGCUGGGCCUGGGGCAGCUGCCGGGGCUCCACUUGGUGCUCAGUGUGUGUGUGUCUGUGUGUGUGUGUGUCCUCUCGAGUGACACGGACGCCCAGGUGGGGCCGUGAGCCAGUCUCCGCUCCCCUCGAGGCUUCAGGGCAAUCCGCAGCCAGGUGCGGACGCGCCGUCGAGGCCGGAGGCGCCGUGGGAGCAGCGAGGGCCGCAGGCAGAUUACAGACCCAGAGGCCUGAUUCUGAUGUCAGUGAAGUGAAUGGCACAUUUCCUAUUGAUUUCAGGGAAAGAAGGAGCAGACUACAACCCAACAUGAGAAAGGGAGCCCAACACAGCCCCUGUUCUGGACAGAAGGACAGACGUCCGAGGGAAACGAGCAUAACUUCUCAGCUUGGCCACCUUCCAUGUGAUGGAGCAAUGUAGCCGACUUGUGGGUUGACUUAGGCUUGCAUCACCAUCCUGACCCGGGUUGCAUCAGCAGUCAUCUGGAACUGACUACACCCCUGAACUGAUAAAAGAUGCUGUGGAAAUAUGGAUCUCUGGGGCCUUUGCAAGAUGCUUGUGCCAUAUCCUGUCUCUUUGUUGCCUGGUCCUCUGGAGGACAAAAGAGUGAGAAUCAGCAGUGUCUCACUUAUCCUGCAAACAGUUUGAGAACUGCUUUGACAGCCAGUGGAAGAAAAUAGUGUGAUGUGGUCACAGCAAGCACGUGUUCUUUCUAACAAUUUACAAUUGCACUAUGAUCCCAUUGAGAGUGAUACUCAAACCUCCCUCUGAUUACCUGUUCUUUUCUCUUGCUGUAACAACAUUGUUUCUUUCCAACACAGGAGUGUUUAUGCAGAAAUGCCAAGAUUCUUUACACAGAUUACAGUAGGUUUACAAAUUAAGGAAAAACUAGUAUGGAACAAGAGGAAAAUAAUCCUAGCAUUUUGCACUUACUUGUAAUCAAAAUCCUGUCUUUGGAGGGUGUUAAGUCAAAUAUACACUUGGUGAGGCCUAUGAGGAUUUUCCCUGUGUAAGGGCAAGAGUUAGCCCUAGCAUAUCACACUAUUCUAAAAAUGGUGUCCAGUAAGCAAUAGGUGGCCACUCUUGGAAAAAAAUCAGGGAGAAAUUGGUGAAACCUGGAUCCUCUGCAGUGUCACUUUCACAGUUGAGUGACUGACAAACAAAAGCAAAGAAAAAGACCCAGUGGGCUAAAUCACCAUGAGGUUGGAUUCCCCCUGUUGUGGAAUUGAACAAAAUCCAGCAAUGUUCCCUUCUAUUAGGUCUGAUGUAAAUGCUGUAUGGUAAAGACUAAUUUCUAAAAGUCAGCUGUAAACCUAUAGGUCAGCCAAUAAGACAGAGACUUGACACAUUUUUCAUUGUGAAGUGUAUGAUAGUUUCAAGCCUUUAGUCAAUGUCACUGCAGACAGUAUAUUGUUGAAUCCAAUGGAAUUGGAAUCCUGCUAUGAAUUUAAUUGUUUUCCACAAGUAGAACAGAAGCCUUUGAUUUCUAUUAAUUAUGUAUCUACGUGAAAAGCUAUUUUGUGUGUAUAUAUAUUUAACAACAGGAAAUGUAACACAUAUUUAUUUUUAUUAAACUAAUAAAAGGGAUAAACCUA